AUGGCAAAGGAUAUCUCAGCAGACGUUGCGUACAUUGGAGGGGUUUGGACUGAGGGAGUGUUAUAUGGCAUCCACAUCGUCGUUUACUUCACCUUGUGCUACAUUUUCACCUCAAAGGCAUAUACUCGAGGCCGUGAAACGUCUUCACGGAUUCUGCUUACAUAUAGCACGGUCAUGUUCGCCCUCUCGACGGCACACGUCAGUCUAGCGCUUCAAGAACUCUUUCAAGGCUUUAUCUACGAACGAGAUUCGACGCCUGGUGGCCCACCUGUGUUUUAUCGUGAAAAUGUAUUUCCGAAUAGGAAGGCUCUUUACAUCGUCAAUACCUUGUUAGGUGAUUCAUUACUAAUUUGGCGUGUUUUCGUUAUCUAUGGACGAAAUUGGUUUGUCGUUGGUCCUUCUGUUCUGCUCCUCCUCGGUACAAUCGUGUGUGGUUUCAAGACAAUUGCCGCUAAUGCCAUCGCGUCCCACUCUUCCGUCUUCGAUCCUUCUAUCCUAUCCUGGGUCACGUCAACUUUUGUGCUCACCAUCGCCACGCAAAUCAUCGCCACCGUGCUAAUCGCAUCCCGCAUCUACGCCGCCUCGCGUCCCUACUCCGUCACUCUCGCGCCACCGUCCAACGAUCCGAAUGCUACACCCGCUGGGUACCUCGUUGGAGGCGAGGUAGAUCGCGGCCAGCGUGCGAAGUACCUGGGCAUGGUGUGGCUCGUGGUCGAAAGUGGGUUGAUAUACACCAGCGCCGCAAUCGUACAGCUGGUCACGUAUCUGUUGCAUAUGAACGCGGGUGUGAUUAUGGAAUUUAUGCUCAGUCAGCUCAGUGCAAUGGUCCCUAUGGUCAUCGUUGUCCGUGUUGGCCUCGGUCUUGCGUACGAUGGUCCUUCUGGGUCUCCUUGGAGUAGGCGACAGCCCAAUGGACACGGACGGAACCACCAUUCCUCAACCCACGUCGGGAAACACGGUGGGCCCGUCAACCUCUCGACGUUCCAAGCAGCGACUCGCGCGGACCCGAUCAAGACGGGCGACCAGCAAGUCAGCUACGUCACUGGCUCGAGUGGUACGAAACUAGGCUCAGGACUCGGUGUGGCCGACGAGAGCAAGAGCGGCCUGGAUGUGGAGGCGUUCGGAAUCGCGGAAAAAUCCAUGGAUGAGGUGGAUGGACGAGGUACAGGGCUCCAGACGAGGACGAGGCGGAGGAGCUCGAGCGGCAGUGGGGAAACUGGAAGAGCGGUUUGA